GAGUGUCUGAGCUCUCUUCUGUGCUUCAGGUUACGCUGCUUUCGGCCCCAUUGUUGCUUCAUUGGCUAGCGUGGCCGGGAGCGCCUCUCCUGAUUGGCGGGGCAGGGGGAAGUAGGUGGGGCUCGCAGCGUCCUGCAGACGCCAUAGAGUGAGGAGCGGGAGCUGCGCCGCUGCGGGCGGCAGCCGCCAGACAUUGCUACAAUGGGGAACAUCUUUGAAAAAUUGUUCAAAAACCUCUUUGGAAAGAAAGAAAUGCGAAUUCUAAUGGUAGGCUUGGAUGCAGCAGGGAAAACUACCAUCCUUUACAAGCUUAAGCUGGGGGAGAUUGUGACCACUAUUCCAACAAUAGGUUUCAAUGUCGAGACAGUUGAAUACAAAAAUAUAAGUUUCACAGUCUGGGAUGUUGGUGGCCAGGACAAAAUCAGACCGCUCUGGCGCCACUACUUCCAGAACACUCAAGGCUUAAUCUUUGUUGUGGACAGCAAUGACAGGGAGAGGGUAAAUGAAGCACGAGAAGAACUCACCAGAAUGUUAGCAGAAGAUGAGUUGCGGGAUGCUGUGUUACUAGUGUUUGUCAACAAGCAGGAUCUUCCCAAUGCUAUGAAUGCUGCAGAGAUCACAGACAAACUUGGCUUGCAUUCCCUUCGUCAGAGAAACUGGUACAUCCAAGCAACGUGUGCCACCAGCGGAGAUGGGCUUUAUGAGGGUUUGGAUUGGCUGUCCAACCAGCUUAAAAACCAGAAAUGAUCCCUUUGUGGCAUAUCUUAGCAAAGUGAGCCCUGCUCUGCUGUUUUGCAAGAGUGCAUGUAUGGGUGUGUGCAUGGAUCUGAAAAUGGGAGCAGCUUUUCUCACACUGUGCCUUAAACAUGCUAUAAAACGAAACCAACUGUAUUGUAUUUUAAACACUACCUUCCAUAGCAAUGUAGCAUUCUUCCACCAGCAAGGGAAAACUUGAAGGAUAUCAUGGUACUUGAUCAGAAAAAAGAACCUGGUCAGUUGGAGGGGGGAAAAACCUCUUGUGUAAAAUCUGAAUUCUAGUUUAAUAGUGUUUUGUGUUAAGUCUUCUACACCUCCUCUGUGUAGCCUGUUUUGUAGCACAAUUUGAUUCCUUUCAUUCACUUUUGAGGAGAAACAUAGCUUUUAAUAGUCCUGACUAACGUCAUAGAACCGUAUAAACCAGCAUGCUACUUGCUACUGCACACCCUGAGCAAAAGUAUUCUUGUAGUGUAAGAUGUUUCCUGUUGAGGUUGAUCAUCAGUUGAGACCAUUUUAUGUUCUCUAGUGGAGUUGGUCUAACCUGUUCUCCCAUAUAUAACAUACCUCAUUGUCAAUGUUGUUAGGGGUUGUUUGGACCAAGGCUUCAUCAACCCCAUUCACAGAUUAUCUUUCUGUAGCUAAUCCAUUUGCCAUCCCAGUAGAAAAGUCAGCUGGGCAAUGAGCACUUUAAAGGGGCUGCUGUAAGAUGGCCAGAGUGAAGCUUGAAAAAAGAAGAGCCAAGUGACUGGUGUAAUUUCAGUAUUUUAAUCACUAGCCUUGAAAUGGACGUCCAAAAGCAUUGCCUCCCACUCUCUUUAUACAAGUAUCCCAGACUAGCAGGAUAUUCACUACUUAAAGAUGAUUUUAUCUUGCACAAGUUGUUUGUUUGUUUGUUUAUGAUCAUCCAAAAUUUAUUCUGGGGAACCUUAUUAAUUUGUCUGCAUUUCAGCCUUUUGGUAUCAAGGGGGAGAGGUGAAGCAACUUUGGGGAUUAGGACAGAUAGAUUAGCUGCACCUGGUAGGCAGAUCCAUGUGGACACUAACACUGCAGUUCUCAUUACUGGAAUCCAUUCACUGUUGUCAAACUGCAUGCAUUUUGCCAAGUUCUUCAGUCCUGUGUCUGACAACUUCUCUCUUGACCUUCUUUUAGUUGGUUCAUCUCACCUGAAAUUUCUACUUAGUGUGUCUGUUCCACAUGGACCCAAUGUGGAAGAAAAGGCUAGUGAGCUUUGUGCAAUGAUGCUUUGCACAAACAUUGAACACAAUGUGAAGUUUAAUGUUUUGCCUCUUAAAGGUUUAUUUUUAAUACUUGUGACCACUUGGGGAGGGGGAAACUUCAUUUAAAAAGAAUCAUAAAUUGUGUCUCAAAAUUUAAGCUUUAAACAUAUGAAUCCAGAGUGGGGAGGAAUGUAAAGCAUGAAUCUAAUAAAAGCCAAAUCCUGUAUCUGAAUUCUUUUUAACAAUGUUGUGCACUUCAGAGAUGCUACUAUAAUAAAGAAAAUCUAUCUUGAAAUGAGAAA